UGUCCCUGUCCCGCAGCCCCUCCCGAUUGUCCCUGUCCCCUGUGCCCGGUCCCCGGGCUGGCCGUGCCAUGGCAGCGGGGCCGGUGCUGCCGGUGCUGCCGGUGCUGCUGGUGCUGUUGGCAGCCGGGGCGGUGCUGCCGGCGAGGGACCCGCUGCUGAACGUGUGCAUGGACGCCAAGCACCACAAGAGCGAGCCUGGCCCCGAGGGGAAGCUGCACCACCAGUGUUCUCCCUGGAAGGACAAUGCCUGCUGCACAGCCAACACCAGUUCAGAGGCCCACAAGGACGAAUCCAACCUGUACAACUUCAACUGGAACCACUGUGGGGUGAUGCCACCCAAGUGCAAGCGCCACUUCAUCCAGGACACGUGUUUGUACGAGUGUUCCCCCAACCUGGGGCCCUGGAUCGACGAGGCUGACAGCAGCUGGCGUCGGGAGAGGAUUCUCCACGUGCCCCUGUGCCAGGAGGACUGCGAGCAGUGGUGGCAGGACUGCAGGGAUGCUGUCACCUGCAAGGAGAACUGGCACAAGGGCUGGAACUGGGCAACAGGAAGGAACCGCUGUCCCUGGGGCUCCCUGUGCAGACCCUUCAGCGAGGUCUUCCCCCAGCCCAAAGACCUGUGUGAGAAGAUCUGGUCCCACUCGUACAGAUACACCACGGCACGCAGGGGCAGCGGGCACUGCAUCCAGAUGUGGUUUGACCCUGCCCAGGGGAACCCCAACGUGGCUGUGGCCAAGUACUACUCUUGGAAAAAGAGAUCCUCCCCUGCUGGGCUGGAGGACGUGGCUCCUGAGAGUGACCACGCUGUGUGUGCUCUGCCAUGGUCUGUCCUGGUCCUGCUGCCUCUGGCCCUCGUGCUGCUGCCUGAGGCAGCCAGAGGCUAUGGAUCCCAUGGAUGGGGGUCCCUGUGACUGUUUCCUAAAGGGACAUGGCCUGGACUGCUCCAGCUGCCCUGCAAGAGGAGCUGGCACAGCUAACUUGGGUCUGUCUGUCCCAGCUGGUCACACACCCCAGUGAGUGCUGAGUGUGAGCAGCUUCCAGCUGACCAGGGCAGGGAUUUCCUUGCCAUCCUGGGAAGGGCAAAGCAAUCUCUGCCCUGAUGUAGGAGCUCCUGCACAUCUGUUCCCACCCCAUGGCUGUGCUGGCCUGGCUGAGCUCUGGUGUCAGGUCCUUUGGGCUGUUGGGACUCCCUGAAGAGUGGGGCUGAUAAUAAAGUUGUGCUCUGGACCA